AUAUAGUUUUUUAAGAAUAUUCAUAAGAUUUUUUUAUUCCUUUAUGAUAGACAUGUUUCUUCUUGCCUGUCGUAUUGGAACACAAAUACAAUUGCAUAUUUAAUCGUGCGUUACACGCCCAAUUGCACAUAGGGUAAUUAGUAAAAUCUUAAUAUACAAUAAAAAAUCGAUCAUAUAUAUGUUUUUUUUUUUGACAACGAACAGUAUAUGAUAUAUUUUUUAGGCAUAUGUAUGUUCCUUUUUUUCCUUUAUUAAAUGACACUGUUUCAUUAUUCAACAACGUACGAGGAAAUGAAAUAUAAAGAAAAAAAAAUGAAAAAUCUAGAUUUCAAGAACUGUAGAAUCUACGAAGUACCGUUGACUAUACACCAACAGCUUUCGAAAGGACAGAAAUAUUUGAGGAAGUGCGAAAGAAUGAAUGUGAAUGACGUGUCUUAAGAAAAAAAACACAUUUUUUGUUUCGUUCACGAAAUUCGACAAGCGUCAUUGUUGCACAGACGAAAUAACAAAAAUAACAAAAAUAACAAAAAGCUAAUAUACCGUGACGGAACUAUUGUCAAAAGACAGGAUUAUAACUUUAAAGAUCGAUGAAAUUAUUACAUCACAUAAAAUCAGGUAGCAUCGAGAAUAAUGGAGGAAGACGAUUGAAAGUUGCCUUAAUGAUCAGACACCUCUCUCGAAAAUAUGUUCGAAGUACGUUUUGAAGUAUAAAAUAUGAAUAUGAGAUAAACGGAACCGUACGGAUUAACGGCGAAAAGCGGGUAGAAAACUGAGAUGGCUUGUUCAAGGUGUCUACAAUGUAGAUGAGAAAGUUACGACGAGGAAUAACGGCAACGAUGGACAUCGUUGUGUGUGCAUUCAUGAAAGUGGAAGAAAGAAGAGGGGAGAGGAAAGAGAGUGAGAGAAAGAGAGAGAAAGAAAGAACGAGAGAGAGAGAGAGAGAACGAUAAAGAAAGAUAGAUAGAGUAGAUAAAAGAGAAAGAGGAAAGAGGGCACCACGAUCGGUCUAGUCGUUUGGGGGCACCGUAGGUAGGGAUAGGAGAGAGAGGCGAAGGGCGGUCCGUAAGGAGAGCUUGUCCAACCGCGUGAAGGAACUAGUAGCGCUCCUCCGGCGAUAUGAGGCGGCGUGGGGCUAGGGACGAUGCUGGGGCCUCGACUAGGGCACACUUGGGAGGCAGGGAGGGCAUGCGAACAGAACACAGUUCAGUAGUCGCCAUUGCAAGACUCCUUGUGCUCUCGUAUUCGCGACACUCGUACGCGUGGAGCAGAUUUUACGCUAACCUAAACUAACCCGCGAGGGCCCAAAGUGUGCCCCACCGAUGCAGAGAUAUUGCACGGAUCUCACCGAAAGAUUGUUAAAAUCUCUUGACAAGGAAUACAAUGUCGUUGACAUGGCAGCUGUUGUUGAAGUCAUUACGGCCCUGGAAAAGACGCCGAUCACCAAAGAAGUACUGGAGAUUACAAGGCUUGGUAAAUACAUUAAUGAGCUGCGAAGAAAGACCAGUAAUGAAGUCUUGGCCAAACGUGCCAAAGACUUGGUACGACGGUGGAGGGAUAUGGUUUUACCAUCGCCUCAUUCUACACCACAACCAACACCUGCCGAUACAGCACCGCCUGCCCUAAAUGGAGCUAAACCUCAUAGUCCAGCCUUAAGAUGUUUCAAACCACAAAGUCCUGCUGUAAGAUCCUUAAAGCCGCAAAGUCCUCUCUUAAGGGAUGUUACUCCUUUAAAAGUCAUCAGCCCAGUUCUAUCAGUGCAUAGUGAUCAUUCACGGUCUCCUAAUACAUCUUCAAACAAGCAGUCAAUUACACUUACUAGCAACCACCGGAUAACUUCGGAUGUACCUCACACUCAUGGCUCUUCGAGUCAGAACCAUUUGAUGGAAGCAGUGCCACGGACUCACAGUUCCAAUAAACGACUUCGAAAAGAUGGUUGUAAGGAUCAACGUAAUUAUCAAGAUCGCGAAUCAAACUCAAUAACAGAAUGUGAACCAUUAGUCAAAAGACAGCGUUUGAAUGGCGAAAACAUAAGUGGUAAUUUAAAUUCGCAAGUGCCUAGCCCCACAUUGAAAGAACGAAUUUCCCAUCAUUUUGUGGAAUCUCCCACUGAUCCUGACGAUUCAGGCCCGAAAAAACGUGGAAGAAAAAAAGGCAGUAAGUCUGUAAAGAAGCAGCCAUACGUAGAGGAUCGUGUUAAGGAAAAACUAGCCAGUAUUUCGAGAAAUCCUAAGUUAAAAACGACGCAAGAACUGCUGGCAGAUUUACAAGCGCGUGGCUCAAAUUCUAGCAUUAAUUCAAAUGCUCUACCUAGUCAAAGUGUAGAACCACCAAGUAUGGAAGAUGUUUUGAGGAGUAAUAAUGAACAAGUAUCCAAGUUCCUGCGUAGUACUCCUAACAAUACAUCUCAUAAAAGUACAGUUUCUGAAACUCCUUUACAAAGUCGGUUACAAUCUACAGAAAACUGUCGUGAAUUAUCAUCCAAGUGUCAAGAAACAAGUGCAGUGUACGACGAAAAUUCAAGUACGCAAAACCAACCACCACGAUCACAAAAAGAAUUAUCGGUUGAGGAGAUAUUGGCUAAGUUACCACCAUUAGAUCUAAAUUCGAUAAACUGGAGUGAUUGUGAAAAUGAACCCGAUGAAGAUCAAAAUAGUACAGUGUAUCCACCUCGAGAAAUAACUGAAGAGGACCUUGAUAGAUUACAUAAUCAGCAAAUAGAAGGACUGAAUGGAAACUUUCAACCAAAAUUAUCAUCUCUCACUAGUAACAAUAUAACGUCAAAUACAGAUAGAGAAGUGUCAGAUUCAAAUACGUUAAACAGUGAGCAAAACCAAUCUGGUACAGAAUUUCGUGAAUGGCACCAGAUGUUGGCUAUGCCCAGUUCUGAAGGCCAAAUCCUCCACAUAUUGCCUUAUACUAUUAUUGAUUAGUAAUUUUAUUAUUCUAUUCUAUUAUUAAACUGCAAUUUGUGAGAAAAAAAACCCUGCUAAAAAUUUCAAUUGAUUGAUCGAUCUACCAUCAAUUUAUUAAAACAAUUUCUAUUGUAAUUUACAAUUGCCGUUUAUUUCUAUUAAUGCUGCUGUUACUGCCAUCUUCAUUGUCAUUGUUAUUCUUAUCAUCAUACUCUUAUCAAAAUUUUAUCUAACAAUUUCACUAAAACAAUAUAACUAUUGACUAUUGCCCUCGUUAUUGUCAUUAUCAUAUUUAGUAUUUCAACAAAUUUCAUACUCACCAUUAUUGUUAUUAAAUUCAUUUCACGACUAGUACCAUCAUCAUUGUUGUAAUUAUCAUCACUGUUGUCAUUGUCAAUAUCA